AUGUCUCAUCAAACGGGAAUUCAAGCCAAUGCGGAGUUAAAGAAAUAUUUUGGAAAAUGCAGAGAUGGAAAAAUUCGAGUUAUGAAAAUUAGCAUAGAAAAUGAACAGCUGGUUUUGUCCAAGUACUAUCCAGUAAAGCACUCGUGGGAGCAAGACUUUGACAAAUAUGUACCUUCGUUGAUUGUUGAAGACUUGCCGUGUUACAUAUUGUAUAGGUUUGAUUCAACCAACUCGGUGGGACAUGAAUGGUUACUGCUGAGCUGGUCCCCGGACAGCGCCCCAGUCAGACACAAGAUGUUGUACGCCUCCACGAAAGCAACUCUCAAGCAGGAAUUUGGAUCAGCACAUAUUAAGGAUGAAAUGCAUGCUACUGUGAAGGAUGAAGUAAGUCUGAAGGGAUACAAGGCUCAUUUGACUGGUGUCAGUGCGCCAGCCCCGUUGACCGACAGGGAGGAGGCGUUGAAGGAACUCCAGGAGAAUGAACACACACCACAAUAUGGCACCGAUGCUAGGCAGUCGACCAUGGGUGGAGUAUCGUUCCCUAUAACCGAAGAUGCCAAACAAGGAAUAAAUGAUCUCAAACGAGGUUCCUAUAACUACUUGCAAUUUAAGAUAGAUUUAGAAGGAGAAAAGAUACAUUUAUCGAAAGCAGCCAAUAUAUCCCUGACAGAGCUACCGCAGCAGGUGCCCGGCGACCAGGCCAGAUACCACUUGUACAUAUUCAAGCAUACACAUGAAAGUGAUUACUUUGAGAGUGUUGUAUUCAUCUACUCAAUGCCGGGAUACAACUGCAAUAUAAAGGAACGGAUGAUGUACUCCAGCUGUAAAGGACAGUUUUUGGAAAUCAUUGAGCAGUUGGGCAUCGAGAUUGCAAAAAGGCUAGAAAUAGACGACGGCAAAGAGCUUACAGAAGAGUUCCUUUACGACGAGAUCCAUCCAAAGAGGAACCUCCACCGUCCAACGUUUGCCAAGCCGAAGGGACCUCCGAACAGGGGAGCCAAACGAAUCACUAAGUCACAGAGUACACAGUAG